AUGGGUUUGAAUCCAUCUGGAAUUUGUAUUCUUGAUCUGAUGAAAACAGUGCUGGAAAUAGCAGGCACCCAGACAGCUGCACCAGUGCCCACAGGAAGCAGCAACUGCUGGCCCUGUGGCUCCCUCUAUGGGUUUAUUACUGCUGCCCUACACAGGAGGUUUAAUGUGAUUAUUUCUCCUGUCCUCUCUUAUAGGAUACUCACUUUGUUUCCAAAUGCCAUAGCUCGAAAAUUACUGCUGAUGUUGAUAUUUAUCUUAAUUUUCUGGGUCAUUUACUUGGCUUCAAAAGACCACACAAAGUUCUUGUUCAGCUUGGAAAACCAUAUUACCCUGAACCAAGGGAACCUCUUCAAAAAAUCUUCACACUCUGAAGCACCACUGUGUCCAGCAGUUUCACCAAAAGAGACUGAACUUAGAAUAAAGGACAUUAUGGAGAAACUAGACCAGCAGAUCCCACCCAGACCAUUCACCCAUGUGAAUACCACCACCAGUGCCACACACAGCACAGCCACCAUCCUUAACCCUCAAGAUACGUACUGCAGGGGGGAUCAGCUGGACAUCCUUCUGGAAGUGAGGGACCACUUGGGAUGCAGGAAGCAAUAUGGUGGGGAUUUCCUGAGGGCCAGGAUGUCCUCCCCAGGCCUAAUGGCAGGUGCUUCAGGAAAGGUGACUGACUUCAACAACGGCACCUACCUGGUCAGCUUCACUUUGUUCUGGGAGGGCCAGGUCUCCCUGUCUCUGCUGCUCAUCCACCCCAGUGAAGGGGUGUCAGCUCUCUGGAGGGCAAGGAACCAAGGAUGUGAUAAGAUCAUCUUCAUCGGCCUGUUUGCCAACAGAACCUCCAAUGUCUUCACUGAAUGUGGCCUGACCCUAAACACAAAUGCUGAACUGUGCCAGUACAUGGAUGACAGAGACCAUGAAGCCUUCUAUUGUGUGAGGCCUCAACAUAUGCCCUGUGAGGCCUUGACCCACAUGACCACUAGGACAAGAAAUAUUUCCUAUCUUAGCAAGGAAGAAUGGAGCCUUUUCCACAGGUCCAACAUAGGAGUUGAAAUGAUGAAGAACUUUACCCCCGUUGAGGUCGUACCAUGUAACAAGAGUGAGAACAUAAAAAAGAACUGCCAGAUUGGAAUGAAGACUCUUUUCCCCAGUGGUUAUACUUUGAAAAAAAUGUGGAUUACAGCAUUUUGUAAACAGAUCAAGUUCAAUGAAACAAAAAAUAUAAGUGACUGCUUGGAAAGAAAACUUAUUUAUCUCAUGGGAGAUUCAACACUGCGUCAGUGGAUUUACCACUUACAAAAAACUGUGAAAACCCUAAAAUAUUUUGAUCAUCAUGGAGCUGGGAUCUUUAAAACACACGUUCUUCUGGAUAUUGAAAGACAUAUUUUGAUUCAGUGGAAAAAACAUGGUCAUCCAUUUGUUACCAAAAAGUUAUUCUCAGUGAAAGAUGAAAACUAUAUCCCACGGGAAAUUGACCAGGUAACAGGAGACAAAAACACAGCCAUUGUCAUUACCCUCGGCCAACACUUCAGACCUUUUCCCAUUAACAUUUUCAUCCGUAGGGCCAUCAAUAUUCAAAAGGCCAUUGAACGUCUAUUCUUGCGAAGCCCAGAGACCAAGGUGAUACUUAAAACCGAAAACACCAGAGAGAUACAUCAAAAUGCAGAGAUGUUUAGUGACUUUCAUGGCUAUAUUCAGAAUCUUAUCAUAAGAGAUAUUUUUGUAGAUCUUAAUGUGGGUAUUAUUGAUGCCUGGGACAUGACAAUUGCAUAUUGCACCAACAAUGCCCAUCCACCGGAUUAUGUGAUUCAAAAUCAGAUUGACACGUUCUUAAACUACAUUUGUUAGAGGAAAAAUACAAAAAUAGCACUAGCCACUUUCUAUAGAUGAUCUUGCACAUACAGUGAGGAUAGUUUAAUGCAAUCCAAGUUUUGAGGAAACUAAAUUUGAAAAAGUUUUAUUAUAGUUAAAUAUAUGUAACAUAACAUUUACCAUUUAAGCCAUUUUAUUAUUUUAUUUUAUUUUUG